UUUGCAAGCGAUAGUCGUUGUAAGACGGAGCACGAGUUAACACCUCUGGAUUAUACAUAUAUAUAUUGCUGGCAACCCUGAAGAUUUUUCCUGUUAGUUUAAUAAGGUGAAGUUAUACUGAGAAACAAAAAUCGAAUCGUUUCAAGGCGACCUUAAUCUUUGAUCUUCAUGCAUUAUGGACGGUCACGACGAUCAGACAAUUGGGACAAAAAUAUGUAAUAUCUUACUACUUCCGGUAGAGAUAUUAUGGCUUGCUGUGAAAAUUCUGUAUUAUAUUUGCGAGGAUAUAUGCAGAUGCAUCGUCCCAAUAAAGAAAAAGAGCGUAGCUGGUGAAAUUGUUUUGAUAACAGGUGCAGGCCAUGGUAUCGGAAAAGAAUUAGCGGUUGGUUAUGCAUCGUUAGGAGCAACAGUGGUAUGUUGGGAUAUCAAUGAAGAAACAAACAACGAGACGAUGAACGACAUAAAAAAAAUGGGAAUAGACUCCGUUUAUGCAUAUCGAUGUGAUAUAACGGAUAGAGAAGAAAUCUUCAGGGUAGCAAGGAAAGUAAAAGAAGAAGUAGGUGAUGUAACUAUCUUGAUUAACAAUGCCGGUAUAGUGUAUGUUAAAUCACUCAUGAAUCAGAGUUUCGACGAAAUUCAACGGGGCAUAGACGUCAAUGUGACAGCGCAUUAUUGGACAUUAAAAGCAUUCUUACCAAGUAUGAUCGAAAAAAAUCACGGUCAUGUCGUGGCACUUUCGUCAUUAGCAGGACUUAUCGGUCUUCCUUAUGCAACGGUUUACUGCCCUUCAAAAUCUGCAGUCAAUGCAAUGAUGGAAGCUACGUCUGAGGAACUACGUAUGCUGAGUAACGGAAAAAGCUCUGUUAAAUUUACCACUGUUUGUUGUUACUUCGUACGUACCGGAAUUGUUAAAAAUCUAAUCAUAAGGUUUCCACUUAUAAUGGGAGAGCUUCUACCCCGAAACGCGGCUUCGUCAAUAAUCGACGCGCAAAGACGAAAUUAUAAAAUCAAAAGCGUACCGUCAGUUUGGCUGUCCCUUUUGAAGAUUGUAAGACAUUUACCCGACAAAGCAUUAGAGUGCGUGAUAGAUUUCGUUGGUCUUCGUGUUGAUCCAGAGGACUAAAAAAACACUUUAAAGUAUUUCAGAACUUUGUUAGAAACUUGGUGGGAAAGCUGGCGAUUGUACUAUUGCGCCGCACGGGGUACGAGCGAUUGCACCUUCCUCUGCCCAAGCACAAAUAAUGGCUCCUCUAAAACAACAUAUAAGUUAACUCUUGUAUAACAAAAUGUCAUGUUGACACGUCUUUUAUAUUAAUUAUAGCUUAAUUGGUAUAUUCCC